AUGGCCAAUAAUUCUCAGCCCUCCAGCAUGCAGUUUCGGCCAGUCAUUCAAGCUCAGCAAGGGCAACCAUUUGUUCCAAUGAAUUCACAACAAUUUGGACCUGCAGGACACUCUAUUCCUUCUUCAAAUGUGGGAAUGCCAGUCAUUCAAGGUCAACAGUUGCAGUAUUCUCAACCAAUGCAGCAGUUAACUCCAAGACCAAUGCAGCCUGGUCAUCCUGCUCCUUCAUCACAAGCUAUACCGAUGCCAUAUAUUCAGACAAACAGACCACUGACAUCCAUUCCACCCCAUUCACAACAAACUGUUCCCUCUUUAAGCAAUCAUAUGCCUGGCUUACCUGUUUCAGGAGCAGCUCCUCAUUCUUCAUAUACAUUCACACCAUCUUAUGGUCAGCAGCAUGAUAAUGCAAAUGCAUUGGCUCAAUACCAGCAUCCACCUCAAAUGCUUGCUCCUCCUGGUGGUCAAUCUUGGCCAUCCUCUGCAUCUCAGAGUGUUGCACCUGUUACAUCUGUGCAGCCGGCUGCAGUACAAUCAUCUGGAGCUACAUUGACUGAUGCGGUAACUAAUGCUACUAACCAGCCAUCCUUAUCUGAUUGGCAAGAGCACACUUCUGCGGAUGGGAGAAGAUAUUACUACAACAAGAGGUCAAGGCAAUCAAGUUGGGAGAAACCUUUGGAAUUGAUGUCACCUAUUGAGAGAGCUGAUGCAUCGACUGUUUGGAAAGAAUUCACUUCUUCAGAUGGAAAAAAAUAUUAUUACAACAAGGUUACUCAGCAAUCAACAUGGUCAAUACCUGAGGAACUUCAGUUGGCUCGUGAGCUGGCACAAAAAGCUGCAAACCAUGGAAUGCACUCAGAACCAACUGAUACACCCAAUGCUGUUGUCUCCUCCGUAGCAACAUCAACAGCAGCUAAUGCUACUAGCUUGAACACUUCUUUGACAUCUAAUGGGCUUUCUUCCAGCCCAUCUUCUGUCACACCAAUUGCAGCAACUGAUUCUCAGCAGUUGGUUUCUGGAUUAUCUGGGACCUCUGUUUCACACUCUAUAGUUACCUCAAGCACUACAGGAGUUGAACCAAGCACUGUGGGAACGAGUGCUACACCUACAGUAGUUGCAGGAAGCUCAGGACUAGCUGAGAAUUCACCUCAACUAUAUAAAAUGCCACCCAUUGUUGAAAAUCAAGCCUCCCAAGAUUUUGCUUCUGUAAAUGGAUCUUCUCUUCAAGAUGUUGAGCAGGAAGCUAAAAGAGCAUCGGCUGUGGUUGGGAAAAAUAAUGUAAUUCCACCUGAGGAAAAAACCAAUGACGAUGAAACCUUGGUAUAUGCAAAUAAGCUGGAAGCAAAAAAUGCAUUUAAAGCGCUUCUGGAGUCUGUGAAUGUUCAGUCUGAUUGGACCUGGGAACAGGCAAUGAGAGAAAUCCUCAAUGACAAAAGAUAUAACGCCCUAAAAACACUUGGUGAGCGAAAACAAGCUUUUAAUGAGUAUUUGGGGCAAAGGAAGAAGCUGGAGGCUGAAGAGAGACGCAUGAAGCAGAAAAGAGCCCGUGAAGAAUUCACAAAGAUGUUGGAAGAGUGUAAGGAACUUACAUCGUCCAUGAGAUGGAGCAAAGCCAUUAGUAUGUUUGAAAAUGAUGAACGAUUCAAUGCUGUGGAAAGACCAAGAGAUCGAGAAGAUUUAUUUGAAAGCUACAUGGUGGAACUUGAGAGGAAGGAGAAGGAAAAUGCAGCGGAGGAACACCGGCGGAAUAUAGCAGAAUAUAGAAAAUUUCUGGAGUCCUGUGAUUAUGUGAAGGUUAAUAGUCACUGGCGAAAAAUCCAAGAUCGGUUAGAAGAUGAUGACAGAUACUUGCGCCUUGAAAAAAUUGACCGCUUGCAAGUUUUUAAGGACUAUAUUCGGGACUUGGAAAAAGAAGAAGAGGAACAAAGAAGGAUACAAAAGGAUCGAAUACGUCGGGGUGAAAGGAAAAACCGUGAUGCUUUUCGCAAGUUACUUGAAGAACAUGUUGCUACUGGAAUUCUUACCGCUAAAACUCAAUGGCGAGAAUAUUGCUUGAAGGUCAGGGAUUUACCUCAAUAUCAAGCUGUUGCAUCAAAUACAUCAGGUUCCACUCCAAAAGAUUUGUUUGACGAUGUUGCAGAGGAUCUUGAGAAACAGUAUCAUGAAGACAAGACGCUCAUAAAAGAUACAAUUAAGUCAGGCAAGAUCAUUGUAGUGACUACAUCAGUAUUUGAGGAGUUUAAGGCUGCUGUCUUGGAAGAAGCUGCAUGCCAAACAAUAUCUGACAUCAAUAUAAAGCUUAUAUUUGAAGAGUUAUUAGAGAGAGCUAAAGAGAAGGAGGAGAAAGAAGCCAAGAAGCGCCAACGCCUGGCUGAUGACUUUACUAACCUGUUAUAUACAUUCAAGGAGAAAGUUAAAGAGAAGGAACGUAAGCGCGAAGAGGAAAAGGUGAAAAAGGAGAAAGAAAGGGAAGAGAAACGGAAGGAGAAGGAGAAGAAAGAAAAAGAUAGAGAACGCGAAAAAGAUAAGUCCAAGGAACGACAUAGGAAGGAUAAGGAUGAAACAGAUAGUGAUAAUCAAGACAUGGGUGACGUCCACGGUUACAAAGAGGAGAAGAAAAAAGAAAAGGAGAAGGAAAGGAAGCAUCGGAAAAGGCAUCAGAGCAGCAUAGAUGAUGUGGAUUCUGAAAAGGAAGAGAAAGAAGAAUCUAAAAAAUCACGAAGGCAUGGCAGUGAACGCAAGAAGUCUCGGAAGCAUGCAAACUCUCCUGAAUCGGACAAUGAAAACCGGCACAGAAGACACAAGAGGGAGCACUGGGAUGUAUCCAGGAAAACUGGGGGGCAUGAGGAACUUGAAGACGGAGAACUCGGUGAUGAUGUUGAAAACUAG